CUGCUGUUCACAUCGCUGAACGACGAAAAAUAUGUUUUGUUUCGAGGAGAACACGACGAUCUAUGCGAAUGAUAGCAAACACAACGGUUUAUUGUGAAAAAUAACGUACACGAAAUGAUUUAAUAUAAGUGUAUUCUACAUGAACAUGAAAUGUAGUGCAGUACGAUUAACAAAUAGGGUGGAAUAUAAUAGACGAAAAUUGAAUAGAAAUAUUCAACGGAAUAUUGAGCCAGUCUAUGUAACUAAAGGAUGCCAUGGGUACUCUUUUACCUUUUUACAAAAUCACGUACAAGCAUCCAGAAAACAGCCAAUAUUAUCAGUAAACAAUUUACACUUACCUGAUGACGUACCUCCAUUGAAUACCGGCUAUUCUCUGAAAAAGUGGUCAAAUAAAAUGCCAAGAUUAAAAUCUGCCCACAAGAAUGAGAUGAUCAAUAAGAAUCGAGAUCUGGACCAAGAAUAUGAUAUGAGUUAUGACAUUAAUAAUAUAUUGGACUGUAUAGAUAGCAGUGAGGUUCAGGAGUUUUCAGAAAAUGUAAAUGCCGAAGAAUAUGAAAUACAUUCCGAUAUAGAAGAACUCUUAAGACAAUCAGCUGAAAUAAGGCAUCAACGAGACAAUGAAGAAAGGAAAAAUAGGAAAAUGCAACUAUCUAAUGAGGGAAGGCCCAUGACUGAGGAUAAAUCUAGGAGACGACACAAACAUAGACUAAAAAAGACCAUAAGAUUUUCAUUUUCAAAACCGGCUAGUCCUCAGACUGAACAAGUCAUUAGAGUAGAUGUUACUUCUAAUAUUUCUGUGGAAGAAAUGAGACAUCUAGAAAGCAAUAGAAGUGAUACCAGAACAGAUGACUAUAAUAAAAACUCCCCGAAGGUGAUUAAUGAAUGUGGUAGGAAAGAAUUAGAUGGAGGUUUUAAUGAAAACGCCGUAAUAAAGUUCGAUGGAGCAGAUGAGGAAUUUAUUAUUCGUUGCAGCCAAUUAGCUUUAAAUCAGAAAAAAAGAUGA